AUGACCGCUUAUCCCAAUCAGCCACCAACUGGCAUCAAAGUCAUCAUCGUCGGCGCCGGCUUCGGUGGCUUGACCGCUGCCAUUGAAUGCGACCGCAAAGGCCAUUCCGUGACCGUUUUCGAGAAGGUGGCCGACCUCAAACCACUGGGAGAUAUCAUCAGCUUCGGGCAGAAUUCCUCUCGAAUAUUCCAGAAAUGGCCUGGCGUCUGGGAGGAGAUCCAGCCGAUCAUGCACCAAACUGACAAGUUUCACUACCAUGAUUGGCAGGGCCGCUUCGUCACUACGCAAUCCUUCGCCGAGGAGCACGCAGCUUGGGGUCCGCGAGUAAAUUGUCACCGAGGCGAGCUGCACCAGAUCGUGUACCGCCACGCCCUUGCUCGUGGUAUCGAUAUUCGGCUGGGUCAGAAUGUGACCAACUACUUCGAGGAUGAUGAGGGUGCCGGGAUCGAGGCGAACGGCGAGACACACCGUGCAGACCUCGUCCUCGCUGGUGAGGGAGUGAGAUCCCGCGGCCGCAAGAUCGUUCUGGGAUUCGAGGACCCACCCCAGCCGUCGGGGUACGCAGUCUACCGGGCUUGGUUCGCGACAGAUGAGCUUGCUAAGAACGACUUGACAAAGCACCUGGUCGACGGCGAUACGCAUAAUGGGUGGAUGGGCCAAGACAUCCACUUCCUCACUGCAGCCGUCAAAAACGGCAAAGAGAUGAGCUGGGUGUGCACGCACAAAGACGAGGCCGACAUAGAGGAGAGCUGGCAGUUCCCUGGCAAUAAGGAAGAUGUCCUGAAGUGCUUGGAAGGGUGGGACCCAGUGGUGCUAGAGGUGGUCAAGGCUACACCCCCAGAUCGUCUCUUUGACUUCAAGCUCGUCUACCGAGACCCGCUGCCGACCUUUAUCUCUCCCAAGGCGAGGAUCGCGCUCAUUGGCGAUGCGGCUCACCCGUUCCUCCCUACCUCGAUCCAGGGAGCCAGUCAGUCAAUGGAGGACGGUGUCACGAUGGCGGUCUGCCUCGAGAAGGCCGGCAAGGAGCAUAUCACCGAUGCUGUCAGAGUGUAUGAAAAGAUUCGUUACGAGAGAGUGCACAAGGUGCAAGCUACUGGUGUGUCAACGAGGGAUGGCUGGCACAAGGCAGACUGGGAUGCCAUAUGGAAGAACCCAGAGGGUCUGCAUCUGAAACGAGAAGAGUGGAUCUUGAACUUUGACUGUGAGGAACAUGCGGCCUCAGAGUAUCCCAAGGUGUUGCAGGAGCUUAAAGAAAAGAAAGGAGAGUAG